GGCGCCGACGGAGGCUCAGCCUUCCGGGCUGGCGGCAGGAAGAGAGCGCGGCUUCUCGGCCUGAGCGUUGUCCCCGCGGCGGGCGGGAAGCAGACCCUUCUCCAAAGCUCGGGGCUCCAGCGACCCCUGGACCGCAGCGGCAUGGCAGUCCCAGGUUGCAACAAGGACAGUGUGAGAGCAGGCUGUAAGAAGUGCGGUUACCCCGGCCACCUGACCUUCGAGUGCCGCAAUUUCCUCCGAGUGGACCCCAAGAGGGACAUAGUGUUGGAUGUCAGCAGUACAAGCAGCGAGGACAGCGAUGAGGAGAAUGAAGAGCUGAACAAGCUGCAGGCCUUGCAAGAGAAGAGAAUAAAUGAAGAUGAGGAAAAGAAAAGAGAAAAAAGCAAAGAAAAAAUCAAAGUGAAAAAAAAAAGAAAAAGGUCUCACUCCUCCAGUUCUGCUGAAGAGGACACGUCAAAACCGAAGAAACAAAAAUACAAGAAAAAAGAAAAGAAGAAUAAAUCAAAAAAAGGAAAACAUCACAAAAAGGGGAAAAAGAAGAGAAAAAAGGAGAAGCGCUCUCCCAGUCCGAAAUAGUUACGAAUUCUCCAAAAAGUGACUUGAGACUUUGGCUUGUUGUCAUAGGCCAGAAUUUUGUUUUCCAAAGUCACUUGUUCUUCCUGGGAAUUUACUCUAUGGCUACACUUUGUAAUAAAUCAUGGCCUUCCCCAUUUAAAUAUAUAUAUAUUUUUUGGUAUGUGAGACCAUUAGAGCCCUCUGACUACAUGUUUUUAAUGUACUGUGGAUAUAAAGUGUGAAAUCAGUCCCAUUACUUGCUCGCAGUACGCCAUGUGUAGAUACUGAUACAUGCGUCCCUGCUGUAUUUGUGUCUCCCUGGGCUUGAGUAGCAUUAAACGCUGCUUAAGUCGAUGGAAUUGGCUUCGUUAGGUUCAGUACAGGUAAUCCACCUAGCUAGCUAGGAGCUAAUGCUCUGCUCUUGACACAGAAAAAUUUUAAUAGCUUUCUAUAAUGUACGAAGAGUGAGAUUCUUCACUGCUGUUUUUAACACUGUUUUAUACAAUAGGAGGUAAAGCUUUACAGGUUUUUAACCAGGACUUUUUCUGUGAACAAUAUUGGCAAGAAAAUGAUCAUGGAAACGUUUACAGCGGAAUUCCAUUGUUUUAUAAAACACAAUUUCUAGUCUGUGCCUCCUUUUUUUCCUAGCAAUUCAGAUCUCCGUAACUUGUUAAACUCAUCAGGCCCUGGCCACUAGUCCAUCUCCCAGAGCUGUGGUGUGCCGGUCAGGAUUCCCUGCCGACACUCCUGGCUAACUUUUCCAGUGUGCCAUGUUGGCAUGUCGUGCAGCGAGACCUCAGACACGUUUUUUGUUUAGAAGGACAUGUGCGUCCUUGGCACAGCUGAUCCUCAUCGUGUGUAGUGUUGGGCCUGCAUGAGUCUUGUUUCUGUGAGUAAUGUCGAAAGCGUUUAUAAAAGUGAGCAUGUGUUCA